GAAGCGAUAUCAAUCCCAAAGACGAGUACAGUCGUCAGCAGUGGAUGGAAUCAAUGGCGAGCUUGUACUGAUCCCUGCUUGCUCUAUCCAAUGUUGCGGGCCAAAAAUGAGCGAAAGCGUGCUCGAGUGAUGAAUCUACUUGCCGGGAAGGAAGAUGACGAAUCCCUCCCACCGGCCAAGACCACUGGCCGCGGGGACGCUGCGAUGAAGCUCGCCCGCCAAGACUGCCUAAUGAUGUCCCUCAAGAGACCACCACCCCAGACGCCGCGUGUCAUUACUAUCCAGAUCUCACUGAUUGGCUUGGCUCUGAGAGAAACUGCGAUGAUCUGCACAUCAGGGCUCAAUAUUAAUCCGGUAUCAUUAAGCACGAUUAUGAUUCGAUAUAAUUUGGUGGCUGUGGCUCGUGGCCCCGGCGCAGGCGUUUUGAGUACCUACGGAGCAAUACCCGUAGCCUUGGCAAAGCGAAGACUGCUUGCAGCCCUAGGUCCAGCCUGGUCGUGAGUCACUCUGUUUGGUAGGAAUUUCGGGCCUCGAGAAUCCCAUGAUUCC